UUCGUAUACAGUAGACACCGACUUUCGCAUUCCGCUCGUUUCCGCAAGGCGUUUCCAUUCCGAGUUUCCUCUCGCCUUCAACAGCUUUCCCUUCCAACACCAACCGAUUGGCCUGCUCGCCAGAGAGCAUGAGCCACGAUGGCUGACAUUCCCAAUCGUGGUCCGCAGCUUAUAGCUGUGGUAGCAGUGCUGCUAGUCUUUUCACUCACGGCUACAAUUCUCAGAUGUUAUGUCAGGAUAAGUCUCGUGAAAGCAUUCGGCGUGGAUGACUAUCUCAUGGUCUUUGCCAUGAUGACUUUUAUAGCGUUCUGCUCUGUAUGUCUCACGGGUGUCCAUUAUGGUACUGGCCGCCAUUAUUGGGAUCUCGCAGAACACGACAUCGAAGAGGCAUUGAUGUACUGGUAUUUCUGCUACAUCUGGUACUGCGUAACGAUGGUUCUCACCAAAAUCUCCAUCGGAUACUUUCUCCUACGCAUCACCGUCGAGCGGAUACACAACUGGAUUAUCCUCGUCGUCAUGUCGCUCAGCGUUAUCACGGGCAUCUGCUUCUUAUUUAUUACUACGUUCCAAUGCCACCCAAUUUCCUUCUUCUGGAACAAGAAUCAAGACGGGACCUGCAUCAAUAUCGACGUCAUCAUCGCCUUCACCUACCUAUACAGUGCUUUUAGCGUCAUCUGCGACUUCACUUUUGCACUGCUUCCCAUCGUACUCAUCAUGCAACUCCAGAUGAACAGCAAGACCAAGAUUGCAUUGAUCCCAGUUAUGCUAAUGGCCUGCGUUGCCAGUGUUGCUGUUGUUGUUCGCUUCCCCUAUGUCAAGGACUUUAAGACUGUUGACUUUUUGUGGGCCACCAUCGACAUCGCAAUUUGGUCGACUGUGGAACAAGGGCUGGCUAUCACAGCCGGUAGCCUUGCGACCAUCCGACCGCUCUUCCGCAAGAUUGCGGCCAAGCUGGGGUGGUCUACGAUGGGAUCGAAUUUGCCGCCCACUGGAGAGGGCGCGUCUAUGGGUAACCAUCAGACUACCGGCCGAUCGAGGAAAAACAAAUCAAGAGACCCAUUCAGUCUCGCCACUUUUAACCGUAAUGAGGAGGAGGAUGAGGAAGGAAAUGGGCAGUUGAAGUUGGUGGAGGGAUACCCGGGAAAUUUCCAAACGACAAUCACAACCAUCACUGCUGAUCCAAAGUCCGUAUGGGGAUCGAAAAGACACAAGGGGGACAACGAGAGCGAGGAAGAGCUUCGGAUGGAGGGAUCAAAGGUCAGAAGCUUCCUUAUCACGGAAGAAACUGUAUGACCGCUCGGUCAUGCGAUGGAGUUCAUCAAGGAGGCUGGCAUCAUUCCUCCGCCUGCUAACUAGUUAAUAUCACCUAAUCACAUACCCCAUACCCGAGGUGGAUCCACCAGAGUCGCGGAGAAUGUCGAUAACCAUAUAUAUCCAGAGGCUCAAAGGCUCAACCUGUCCUCAUUCUCCGCUGCUCUGAUAGAUUCGCUUCUUAUAUCAUAUUUAGAAUCGUCCGACGUAUAUAUACGCUGUGGACAUUAAGCAGGUUGCCUCGAGCCCCUGCUAUGGCAUCUGGCAAAAUCUAUUACACCACGCUCC